GCUGACGUGAGCUGGGCGCACCUGGGCGGAGCAGGUAAGCGCCAGUGCGGGACUGUGAGCGGAGCCCGCACUCCCUACCUGCGCAGAGCCGGGUGUUACCUGCCCAACCUGUCGAGGCGCGCGGUGGCGACUGGAGAUCUCAGCUGGGGACAUGGUUCGGAGGGACGUCCGCUUCUGGUAGCCGGAUUGAGGAAAGAAUCUUUGGGUGGCCCAGAGAAAGGACAGCCAACUCAAAGCCCAGCUAAUCAGAUCCUGGUGGAUAUACUAACUGCUCUAUAUCAUGGCCCUUCACCCCCGCAGAGUUCGGCUGAAGCCCUGGCUGGUGGCCCAGGUGGACAGUGGCCUGUACCCUGGGCUCAUCUGGCUGCACAGGGACUCCAAACGCUUCCAGAUUCCCUGGAAACAUGCCACCCGGCACAGCCCCCAACAGGAGGAGGAAAAUACCAUUUUCAAGGCCUGGGCUGUGGAGACAGGGAAGUACCAGGAAGGGGUGGAUGACCCUGACCCGGCUAAAUGGAAGGCCCAGCUCCGCUGUGCUCUCAACAAGAGCAGGGAAUUCAACCUGAUGUAUGAUGGCACCAAGGAGGUGCCCAUGAAUCCAGUGAAGAUAUAUCAAGUGUGUGACAUUCCCCAGCCCCAGGGCUCCAUCAUUAACCCAGGAUCCACUGGAUCUGCUCCUUGGGAUGAGAAGGAUAAUGAUGUGGAUGAAGAAGAUGAGGAAGAUGAGCUGGAUCAGUCACAGCACCAUGUUCCCAUCCAGGACACCUUUCCCUUCCUGAACAUCAAUGGUUCUCCCAUGGCACCGGCCAGUGUGGGCAACUGUAGUGUAAGCAACUGCAGUGUGGGCAACUGCAGCCCUGAAGCAGUGUGGCCCAAAACGGAACCUCUGGAGAUGGAAGUACCCCAGGCACCUAUACAGCCCUUCUAUAGCUCUCCAGAGCUGUGGAUCAGCUCUCUUCCAAUGACUGACCUGGACAUCAAGUUUCAGUACCGUGGGAAGGAGUAUGUGCAGACCUUGACCGUGAGCAACCCCCAGGGCUGCCGGCUCUUCUAUGGGGAUCUGGGUCCCAUGCCUGACCAGGAGGAGCUCUUUGGUCCUGUCAGUCUGGAGCAGGUCAAGUUCCCAGGUCCGGAGCACAUCACCAAUGAGAAGCAGAAGCUGUUCACCAGCAAGCUGCUAGACGUCAUGGACAGAGGACUGAUCCUGGAGGUCAGCGGUCACGCCAUUUAUGCCAUCAGGCUGUGCCAGUGCAAGGUGUACUGGUCGGGGCCAUGUGCCCCAUCACUUGUUGCUCCCAACCUGAUUGAGAGGCAAAAGAAAGUCAAACUCUUUUGUCUGGAAACAUUCCUUAGUGAUCUCAUUGCCCACCAGAAGGGACAGAUAGAGAAGCAGCCGCCGUUUGAGAUCUACUUAUGCUUUGGAGAAGAAUGGCCAGAUGGGAAACCCCCGGAAAGGAAACUCAUCUUGGUUCAGGUUAUUCCGGUGGUGGCUCGAAUGAUCUACGAGAUGUUUUCUGGUGAUUUCACACGAUCCUUUGACAGUGGCAGUGUCCGCCUGCAGAUCUCGACUCCAGACAUCAAAGAUAACAUCGUUGCCCAGCUGAAGCAGCUGUAUCGCAUCCUCCAGACCCAGGAAAGCUGGCAGCCCAUGCAGUCUACCCCCAGCAUGCAGCUGCCCCCGGCCCUGCCAGCUCAGUAAUCGCGAAUGCCAUCUUCCUUCUCUUUUUUACAAGAUUGUACAUAUGGAUAUUUUUUAUUAUUCAGAUUUAACCAGCUUGUAAAACCCCUUUUCUUUCUAACCAUGUUAGUAGUUUCUGACUCUCCAAAUAUGCCUGGUUCUUAAAGUUGAUUUAAUUUAUGGAAAAAUCACCCUUUAUACUUUCCCUUUCUUUUUUAUAAACAUCCCAAUGGUAGCAGAAUUGUAGUAGAAGGAGAUUUGGACACCAGGGUUCUAACGACGGCUUUACUCUCAAUGUACGACCUUGAACCAAGUCAUUUAACCUCUGGGCUUCAGAUUCAUUACUGUCAAGUGAAAGGGUUGGAAUGAUGCCUGAAAUAAUGCCAGCUUUAAAACUCUGACUCGAUGACCUCAUUCUACUUGUACAAGGAAAAACUGCCUGGAACAGAACCCUUCUGAAUUGUUCUUGUACCACUUUUUUUUUUUCUUGCCUUCAUUAAAGUUCCCUCAAGCACUGA